AUGGUCAAACCCACCGGCAUCUUUCUGAAAAAGAACAAGAGCACUCAAGCAGCCCUUUUUCCACAAACCUACAAAAUAUUCAUGGAGGAAGCUUACAAUGCAGGCAUCUGUUUUAAACUGCUCCGGGAGUUGGGGGGUUCCGAUGUCCCCCGAGUGAAAAUUGUAUCCAAGAAACUCAGCAACAUGGCUAAAUUGGAGCAGGGCAUGGUACUGGAGACCAUCCAUGAUUUCUUCGGGGAUAACACAGAGCUAGCUGCCAAGCACAAGUACCGAAUAUUCCAAGUCCUUGAGAAUAUCAUCUUUGAGGCUACACAGAUCCAGGAUGACUGGGGAGAAAGAUUCUUAUUACUAGCUCUGGAUAAUAUGACUGUGGAAACAGAACUAGAAGACAUUUAUCAAGAUGCGGCCAGCAAUGUGCUUUUGGCUAUGUGCAAACACUCCUGGACUCUAGUGGCCAGCAAGAUCGAGGAAGAUUUCCUAACUGGCAUUUUUCCCCAUCGCAGUCUUCUCUAUGUGAUGGGCGUCCUCUGCACAAAUGAUCAACUACUUACACCAACACAGAGAGCUUUAUGGCAAGAACAACUGAUUCAGAUGGGAACCAGAUCUGUUCAGUUCUUAGCAGAAGAUGAAUGGGCAAAGGCACUGAUGUAUGCGAUCACCAAACCUGACCGGACUUACCUGGAGCAAAGUCCAGAGAAGACUUUCCUGUUCAUCUACUUUGGGAUGAUUCUACGAGCAGCCAACAACAGUGCCAUGGUCAGGAAACACCUCAAAUUACUUCUGGAGACAUCUCAUCAUUUUGCAAAACAGAGAGAGGGAAUUGCCCUCACCAUAGGAUUAACAGCAGAGCGGCAUCUCGAUGAUGCUUGGGCAGUCCUAGACCAGUUUGGCCGGACGGGACAUUUAAAGAAGACUCUUAACAACUAUAGCUUGAAGGAGGAAGAAGACACAAAGUGGAAGUGGGCCAGCAGUACCAUCCUUCUCUCCUAUGGGCAGAUGGCAGCCAAAGCCAAAGAGAAUAUCUUCCCUUGGGUCGAUAACAUCUCCUCAAGAAUGGUCUUUUUCUUCCGCAACAGCAAUUGGGAUGACACCCUCAAGCAAAGUUUCCUAGAAGCUACACUGAUGCUGGUAGGGGCCAUCAGCAGGAACGAGGGGGCCCACAGCUAUGAGUUCACCCAGGUCCCUGAGCUGGUUGACUGCCUAAUGGUGCUGAUGAAGAAAGAACCUCAGGACACACUCUGCACCACAACUCGACAGCAAGUCAUGCGCAUCGUUUCAGGCCUUUGCAAGCUGAGGCCACAUUUGGACUCUAAGAGGAAAUCCAAGGUUCUUUUUACUUGCUUCCAAAGUGUAUACAAACUGCCCUUGGUAGAGGCUUUGGAAAAACACACUUGUCUCCUGGCCGAUCCUCCUGAUAUACAGAAACUCUACAUGGAUACCAUGAAUGCCUUGGAUGAACUUCUCCAGAGCUUAAUCUCUGAGAAUCCCAAGUCAGAAGAACUUCACUACUUGCUAGGGCACAUGUACACCUGGCUGUCCUCUGAGAAGGUUCAUGAGCGUCAGCGGGCUGUUAGGAGCUGCAUGGUUCUUCUCAAGUUUCUGGCCCAGAAUGCCUGCCUGGAUCCAUCGGAGGAGUUCGGAAGAAUUGGGCACAUUGUGGGCAUGCUGGGCAUGGUAUGUCAGGAUCCAGAUAAGGACACACAGCAACUUAUGCUUGAAGCAGUUACCUACCUCCACCAAAUCUUCCUUUAUCAGAAAGGUGAUCGCGUGGAGGCACCUGUCCUUUUCAGAAAUUUCCAAGAAAAUGAAGAGAUCCAAAGUCUGUCAGAUCAGGAGCCAAUACCUAUGCCAGAGACUCCUCUCAACGCCAGCUCCCACAUUAUCAAGGCGUUCGUGAAGCACUUCUCUUUGCCUCAGAUGAAAGACCUCAUCUGUACAGUGCUGGAUUGUCUGAAGAGUACUUUGGAUUUCCAAAUAGAAACUGCAGGGGAGAUGCUCACUGUCAUCCUAGAAGAUUUUGGCCCUCGAAUGGAUUCGGUUUCAGACGUCGCCCGGAUCCUCUAUGGCCAGCUCACCGCCAUUGAAACAGUGGUUGCCAAGAAAAAAGUUCUGAAGGGCAUCUCUCUGCUAUCUAGGUUCCACACCCAGGAACUAGUGGAAGCUUUUCUGGAGUAUUCUCUCCCACUGGAACGGUACAAUGGGGGCACCUCAGGGAUCCCAGCCUUUAGCAGGGCUGUAGAACUGACUAAGUUUGCAUGUGAUGCCAUCAACCUUUGGCGGGCCAUGGGUUCAGAGAAAAUGAUAGCUGCCAGAAUACUCCAUCUGCUGCUCAACAAGCUACAAGAGAGGCCAACUCCAGGGGAUAACAACUGGACCAAGGACAAUAUUAACUACUUGGAUUCACUGGCUGCUAUGAAUACUCUUUAUGAAAUUCAGUUUUCGCGGGAAUACAAAGAGGCUGUGCAGAACUGGUACCCACAGCUCCUCCUGGGUCUUCUUACCCAGCUACACUACAUCUUUGAACUCAGCUUGCUUGAGCCAACUAAGGAGAAGAAUGAGAAAUCAGAAGAGGAAGAAGAAAUGCCCAGCCCUCGGAGCACUUCUCUGGAUUCCGUGAAAAGUCUUCUGUACACCAGUGGCCACUGGAAGGAUUUUGCGCAUUUAGAGCUACAAGGAGCCUGGGAUCUCUUCUCCAACUUCAAUACCUACCAUCAGGGGGUGACUCUCAUUGCCAGGGCCAUGGUACAGAAUUCCUGCAGUCAGGUCAAAGGAGUGCUUUUCCAGGCCAUCUCCAAUAUGGACACCAAACCAGAACGUGACAAGAAGGUAGCCAGCCUCAUUUUCACAGAGUUUCUCAACAGCCCUGUGAUGCUGGAAGAGUUUCCUAAACAGGCCAUACUGUCAUACCUCCAUCAAGGACUGGCUGACCCCAAUCCUUCCAUCCGAGUGAUCAGCCUGCAAGGCCUCAAGAAUGUCAUCUUUGACACAGAGAAGGGCAACCUUCUCCGGUCCCAGCUGCCAGCCUUCCUGGAGGGCUUCUACCACAAUAAUGAGCAGGUGGUCAUGAGAGUAAUGAGCACAGUGUCCGAUGUCCUGUACUGCCUGAGCCAGCAGGGGGCUGGUCUCCAUUGCCAGGAAAUUGCCCUCAACCUUCGUAGCUUCUUUGAUGAUGAACGAAAUAAAAUCCGAGCAUCAGCCAUCAACCUGUUUGGAGAUCUGGUGACCACCAUGGCGGGAAAGGAUUACUACACUCUGAAGCCCCACGUGCACCAGGCCCUGGUCCCUCUCCUCAUGCACCUGAAGGACAAGUGCCCACAAGUUGUAAUGAAAACCAAGUUCACUUUCUACCGUUGUGCCGUAUUCUUGAACUGGAAACUCCGCCACACACUGUUCUGCACACUGGCCUGGGAAGAAGGCCUCAGUGCCCGCCAUUUUCUCUGGUCCUGUCUGAUCAUCUUCUAUGAGUACGAAAGGGCUGAGAUUCAGCUAAUUCAUGAGCUCUCAGGCAGAUGGGUUUUAGAAUGA